AUGCCGGACGAAAACGCGCGCGUAGAAGCGUACCGGGUGCCGAAGAUUCCGCCCUUCUGGCGUCGGUCCCCGGAAGCAUGGUUCGUUCAAAUCGAAGCAUCCUUCCGCUCAGCGGGUAUCACUGUCGAUCGUACGAAGGCCGAUUGCCUGCUUACUGGCAUCGACGAGGAAACAAUCGCGCAUGUAUUAGAUUUAGUUACGGCGGAACCGCCACCGGCCAAUCUGUACGCGCAGCUCAAAGAUCGGAUACUCGCGGCGUUCGUGGUUUCACCGGAAGCCCGUUUACGUCAACUUCUUAAAGGUCAGGUGUUGGGGGACCAGAGACCCUCGCACCUGCUAAAUAAAAUGAAACAGCUCAAUGGCGGGCAGUGCAGUGAUACCGUUUUGAGAUCUCUGUUUAUUGAGCUUCUGCCCGAAGCACAUAAAGCCCUUUUAGUCGCGGCUGAUAGUUCGGAUUUACAUAAGUUAGCCGAAUUGGCGGACAAGCUAGCUGACAUUAACGGUCCUAGCACCGCUGUCGUGGUCGUGACACCGGAAAAAGGAUCUAGAAAAUCCCGCUCUAAAGCUCCUUUGAGCGUCGAUGAGCGGUUUGAUAAAUUAACUAAGCAGAUCCAGUCUUUGAGCACUUCGGUCGCCAAAUUGCGUCGCGACCGUUCCACAUCCCGUACGCGUAAUAAGACUAAGCGUGGUGGUGAGGCAGAUGAGUCUGAUGAUAAGACAGGCUACUGCUACAUUCACCAGACGGUCGGGGAUUUGGGACAUAAACAAAGCCGUCUUCACGUUUUCGAUCAGACUACCGGUCAACGGUUUUUGGUUGAUACGGGCGCGGAGAUAUCAAUACUCCCAGCGUCCUUGCGCGAUAAAAAUACGCCUUCUGAACUGAAACUCUUCGCAGCAAAUAACACUGUAAUUGAUACGUUCGGCGAGCGUCUUCUUACUCUAGAUCUAGGCUUGCGGCGUCCUAUCGUGUGGAAUUUUCGCGUAGCGAACGUGCCCUUUGCGAUCCUCGGUGCAGACGUGUUGACGCACUAUAAGUUAAUAGUCAACCUGCACAAGCGUCGUCUGGUCGACAGCGUUACCUCGUUGUCGUCGGCCGGACAGUUACUGGCUGUACCAGAAGUUAAAAUAUCCUUGGUCAGUCACGAUAAUAAAUUUGCGGACAUACUUUCGGGAUUCCCUGAGGUUUCCGGGAGCGGUCAGGCGCUUUCGCCUGCCGCAUGUGCUGUCGAACACCAUAG